CCAGAUCGCCGCGCCCACCCCCAGCCGGGUCCCGGCUGCUCUGCGCCGGGCGCGAUGGAAGCUCGCGUUCGUGGAUCCCAGGACAAGGGGCGUCCCACCCCCACUCCCCACGCCGAGCCCUGCCUGGGACCGUUAGGAGCACCUGCGCGGUCUGCGUCUCUCCCUUCGCCCAGCAGGGAACUUUCAAACUUAGUUAGGAGCCAGACGAUCCGUGCGUCCGCGGGUCGGUGCGUGGGUUGGGGACGGCUGGAGCAGAGCGCGGCUUUUCGUCACUCGGAGCCCGGAUUGAACGGCGCGCGUGGGUUUCCCCGGGGCCCUGGCGCUGGCGCGCGGGCUCGGUGGCGCUGCCUGUUUGAUGGUGACAGUGCCUACGUGGGGAUGAGUGACGGAAACCCAGAGCUCCUAUCAACCAGCCAGACCUACAGUAGCCAGAACGAGAGCAACGAAGACUAUGAGAUACCCCCGAUAACCCCUCCCAACCUCCCGGAACCAUCUCUCCUGCACUUGGGGGACCACGAAGCCGGCUACCACUCACUGUGCCACAGCCUCGCGCCCAACGGACUGCUCCCUGCUUACUCCUACCAGGCCAUGGAUCUCCCGGCCAUCAUGGUGUCCAACAUGCUGGCCCAGGACAGCCACCUGCUGUCGGGCCAGCUGCCCACGAUCCAGGAGAUGGUCCAUUCAGAGGUUGCCGCCUACGACUCGGGCCGGCCAGGGCCCCUUCUGGGCCGCCCGGCCAUGCUGACCAGCCACAUGAGCGCCCUCAGCCAGUCCCAGCUCAUUUCUCAGAUGGGCAUUCGGAGUGGCAUCCCCCACAGCUCCCCGUCGCCCCCGGGGAGCAAGUCAGCGACCCCCUCACCCUCCAGCUCAACUCAGGAGGAGGAGUCGGAAGCCCAUUUCAAGAUGUCAGGAGAGAAGAGACCCUCAACUGACCCCGGAAAAAAGGCCAAGAACCCAAAGAAGAAAAAGAAGAAGGACCCCAACGAGCCGCAGAAGCCGGUGUCAGCCUACGCGCUCUUCUUCAGAGACACUCAGGCCACCAUCAAGGGACAGAACCCCAGUGCCACCUUCGGGGACGUGUCCAAAAUCGUGGCCUCCAUGUGGGACAGCUUGGGAGAGGAGCAGAAGCAGGCCUAUAAGAGGAAGACCGAAGCCGCAAAGAAGGAAUAUCUGAAGGCGCUGGCUGCCUACAGGGCUAGCCUCGUCUCCAAGAGCUCCCCAGACCAGGGCGAGACCAAGAGCACUCAGGCAAACCCACCAGCCAAAAUGCUCCCGCCCAAGCAGCCCAUGUACGCCAUGCCAGGCCUGGCCUCCUUCCUGACGCCGUCGGACCUACAGGCCUUCCGCAGUGGGGCCUCCCCCGCCAGCCUGGCCCGGACACUGGGCUCCAAGUCGCUGCUGCCAGGCCUCAGCGCCUCCCCACCACCACCACCCUCCUUCCCACUCAGCCCCCCGCUGCACCAGCAACUGCCUCUGCCCCCCCACGCCCAGGGCGCCCUCCUCAGUCCUCCCGUCAGCAUGUCCCCAGCCACCCAGCCUCCUGUCCUGCCCACCCCCAUGGCACUCCAGGUGCAGCUGGCGAUGAGUCCCUCACCUCCAGGGCCACAGGAUUUCCCUCACAUCUCCGAGUUCCCCAGCGGCUCCGGAUCCCGCUCCCCUGGGCCAUCCAACCCCACAAACAGCGGAGACUGGGACAGCAGUUACCCCAGUGGGGAGUGUGGCAUCAGCACUUGCAGCCUGCUCCCCAGGGAUAAAUCUCUCUACCUCACCUAAUCCCGCCUCGCCUCUCCUCCCUGAGGCUGCUGGAAGGGCCCACAGCAGAAAAGAGGCCUUGGCAGGAAGCAGGGUGACCUCCACGAGAGAGCAGUGACACGCCAGUGCCCCAAGGCUGAGUCUCUUCCUCGACCUCUUACCAAACUCUGCAGAGGCAGCCCACCGCCCACCGCCAGCCCAAAGAACCUGCAGGAACCUUCUGCCCCCUGCCCGCCUUGCUCCAGGGUUACUGUGGACCCCGCUCCUCGUCUUGCACACCGUACCCUAUGUCUGGACGUCUGGCCUCAGCCCGGGGCAUGUGGGCUGCACCUGGAGGGGUCGCUUACCAACAGAACCCCCCUACCCCCCCGAUGCAUGGGGCAGGGGCCAGCCCAGCCACAGACGUGCAAAUGUGGUUUUACAGUGUGAACAAGAGUUUAUGAAACCUAUAAACUGUUGGCUCCAUGUACGUAGUUGACUUAAGUGUUCUAGAACUGUGCUGAAGACAUCUGUAAAAUUAUUUUGUGGGGGGGGAGGGGGAAGUAGUUUCCUUUAAGGUAAAAAGCAUUUUAUAUGACCCUUAGCACAUUUUUUUUUAAGUUUUAUCUUAAGGGAGACGUGCACAAAAGCCGCUGUCAAAGUGUUUCAUCACCUGUACAGCAAGAGCCGGACAAUUUAUAGCCACAGUUGGGGGGCGUUGCGCUUCUUUUUUUUUUAACCCUCUGUCCACCUAUUUAAAAUUGCCAAUGACGACUUUUGUCUCUUUACGAAGUAAACCUGAGGCCAGAAAAGCAGUUUAUCAUAAAGUGUGCGUGGUUUUGGAGUUUGAUUUGGGUUCUUCAUGUUGUUUGCAGCUGUUUCCUGGCCCUGGCAAAUGUCUGGCUCAGUACCCAGUGCUUCUCUCAAAUUUCUUUAUAAUAAAACUUCUGAAAAGUUGAA